AGUGGAGAAGUACGUAUAGAUCCCAGGUUAAGUUUUUUCUGAAAGCGUUGUCCAUUUACCGCACCAACACAAAGCAAUUUUCUUGUGUUUCUAUUUGUUGGAACAUUCAAAAUUUGACCAUUCAUAUUUCCAAAAAAUUGCUCUGCGAUAAUGUAGUGCGUAAAUUAUGGAAAAUGCUAUUUUUGUUGUAUUCAAAAAGUGAUAUUUUCUAAUGAUCAAAGUUUUCUAUUCAAACAUCUAGAUAUACAAGUGUCAUUAAAUUGCCUUUGUAUAUUUAUUUAUAUUUACAUGUGUUGCACAGAAGUAAAUAUUUGUAUACUUACCAGUUGUUAUUACAUUUUUAGGGUACAAAUUUUUACUAAAGAUCAACCAGAAAGGAUGGGAACAUGGGAUAUUGUAAUAUGGGAGAAGGAGAACGCUGUGGGGUAUGUCCCAUCAUCAUGGGCUGUUGAUGAGACAAACACCACAUACCUAUGGCCAAAGGUACCACGUCAAAAACUACAAAAAUUAAUUGAUAACUGCGAUGACCCAGAUGCUAACAUAAAUUAUAUGGAAUGUAACGCCACUUACAAAGGAACCGUUACAAACCUAGCGAUGGCAAAAAGAAAAACCAACAUGCUAAUGUACACAUCUAAUGUUGAUGAUACCGAAUCGGAAAGUAGUAAUGAAAAAGUACGAAGUGCACAUGUUACCAGUCAAUUGAUGAAAAAUGUAUACGUGGUAGAAAAAGAACCACUCGAUAAUCGGUAUGGUUCUGAGAAGUCUGUAGAAUCAGUGUCACCUUCGCCUUCUUUCCAGGUUGAAGCAAUUCCACUAGAUGGGGGUGCUAAUGAAAGUUCUACCACAGUUCAUACAAUUUUAAAAGCGGUUGCUGCUAUAAAGUUUGACAUAACCGAAAUUAAUAAGAAAAUCGGCAACAUUUUAGCUGAAGUAAAAAAUAUUCAUGUAACCCAUAACAUUCCAAGUUUACAAUUAGAUAAAUUCAAAGUUCCCAUUGAGUCAGUUCAUGAGCUAGAAGAUUUAAAUGGAAAACUAAAUGAUGCAGGCUUGUUCAACGAAUUGGCAAAAAUAUUAUCAUUGGUGGGAGGACUUACUCUAAGAAAAAAUGUUCACAGCAUUAUUAAACGUUUACUGGAAAAAAACCUUGCUGUACUAUAUUCUGCCAAAGGCAAGAAGGGAAAGAAGAAUUUGUCAACAUUAAUAAAAAUUUUAGAAGCUAUUUAUGUGGCAGUAAGGGUAAAUUACCCAAAUGCAACAGAGCAAGAGAUCCUAAGCAAUAUUAGUUCUGCUCUGGCAGGUGCAGCAGAUUGGGAAGGUGGAAGAAAAAGUAGAGCACCAGAAGAUAAGUCGGAGAAGUCAUAGAAAAUAGAAGUUAUCUACAAAAGUCUCAAGAAAAGAGCAGCAUUU